CCCGUCCUGGGUCAGCGGUAUCAGGGGAUUAGCAUUAUUUCAUCAGGAUCCUGAAGUCACACGUUUGGGGUGACAAUUAACUGAGAAAACAAAGAAUUCAGGAUACCUACAUGCAGACUGCAGGCUGAUGGGAACUGAGGCACGGGAAGCUCCUUCCUGCUGCUGGGGAAGGAAGGGAACACGACACUAGCACCAGCCAGUUAUGUUCCUUGCUUGCCAGACACCCAAGAAUUGAUUCUUCCAUAAAAAUGAGAAAUCUCACAGUGGUGACUGAGUUCCUGCUGGGAAUCCCUGAGACAGAGGGCCUAGAGACGGCCCUUUCGUUCCUGUUCUCCUCGUUGUAUUUAUGCACACUCUUGGGAAAUGUGCUCAUCCUCACAACUAUCAUCUCCUCCUCUCGGCUUCACGUGCCCAUGUAUUUUUUCUUAGGAAACCUCUCCAUCUUUGAUCUGGGUUUCUCUUCGACAACUGCUCCUAAGAUGCUCUUCUACCUUUCGGGGAACAGCCACACCAUCUCGUACGCAGGCUGCGUGUCCCAGCUCUUCUUCUACCAUUUCCUGGGCUGUACUGAGUGUUUCCUCUAUACGGUGAUGGCCUGCGACCGCUUUGUUGCCAUAUGUUUUCCUUUGAGAUACACGGUCAUCAUGAACCACAGGGUGUGCUCCAUCUUGGCCACAGGGACCUGGAUGGGUGGCUGUGUCCACGCCAUUGUCCUAACCUCCCUCACCUUCCAGUUACCCUACUGUGGCUCGAAUAAGGUGGGCUAUUACUUCUGUGAUAUCCCUGCAGUGUUACCUCUGGCCUGUGAGGACACGUCUUUAGUGCAGAGGGUAAGUUUAACAAAUGUUGGUCUUUCGUCCCUCGUUUGCUUGUUUCUCGUCCUUGUUUCCUACACUUGCAUUGGGAUCUCCAUAUCAAAAAUUCACUCAGCAGAGGGCAGGCAAUGAGCCUUCUCCACCUGCAGUGCUCACAUCACUGCAGUUCUUUGUGCUUAUGGGCCAGUGAUCAUCAUCUACCUACAACCCAAUCCCAGUCCCUUGCUUGGUGCUAUAGUUCAGACAUUGAAUAAUCUUGUAACCCCAACGUUGAACCCACUGAUCUACAACCUGAGGAAUAAGGAUGUAAAAUCAGCCCUGAGGAAUGUGUUUCCCAGGAGAAACUUCUCACUGCAAAAUAAAUGAGAAAAUUUAAAUCUUUGCUGGAAAAAGUUUGAUUCUCCAUUUCCUAAGAAAAAUUAUUAUCUGCAGCUUCCAAGACAUAUUGAAAUGGAAUGUACCUCAAACCAAUCUACCACUUAACAUUGCUGUUUUAAAAUAUGUCUGUUUUCAUAUGUCCCCAAGGCUUUAGAAUGAAAAUCAUUCUUAUGGUCACUUGGCAGACAAUGCACUGACUCUUACGCUGUGUGGAUUCUCUUCCAACAUCUCUAGCCCCUCUACCACACCCCCCCCCAAAAUUUUUCUUAGCUCUUUAAAGUUUGAAAGAGUUAGGAGAAUACAGUUUCUUUCUCAUAUCUGAAUGAAAAGUGCAUUCAUCUAUAUUUAGAAGGAAAUGAGAAUGAAAGAAAAACAAUCAAGAAACCCUACCUUUUACUACAGAACAUAAUCUCCAAUUUUCUUCUAAUCAAUA